AUGGAUGGGUACAAGCUAUGGUACUCAGGGAGUAAGAGGCAUAGGAAUGGAGUAGGCAUCCUAAAGGAUGAGGAGAUUAGAAGGAAUGUGGUGGAGGUCAAGAGGGCCAGUGAUAGGCUGAUGACAAUUAAGUUGGUCAUUGCGGGGUUUAUGUUGAAUGUGUUUAGUAUUUAUGUGCUGCAGAUUGUCAUAGCAAGGGACUUCAAUGGGAACAUUGGGGUUUUACUGGGAGGCUAUGAUGAUGUGCAUGGAGUUUUUGGUUUCGGUUGUAGGAAUGGACAGGAAGCUGCUCUGUUGGAUUUUCCAAGGGCCUUUAGGUGGGAUGUGGAUGAUAUGUGGGAUAGGGCUACCAGCUACAUCAAGGAGACUGCUAGAAAGGUAUUAUUUGUUUUGAGGGGUCGGGCAGGACAGCAUCAGUGGGACUGGUGGUGGAAUGAAGAAGUUAAGAAGAAAGUAGAGAUUAAGAAGGGAGAGUAUAUUAGGUUGAUUGAGAGUAAAGAUGAAGAAAAGAAAUAG